UGGCACCUCUUAUGGCAAGCAUAAGGCUAUUUAUUAAUAAGUACUUGAAAUUUUUAUAUUAAGUAAAUUGAAUUAUCAAUUAAAUGUCAAUUAAAGACAUUUCAUCUUUUAUCCCCCCAGGGGAGAAAUACAGAGUUUGAAGACAGGCAUGAUGUCCCUUCUCAAUAGCUCAGACUUUAUAUUCUCUAGCUUCCUGGUUACAGGAAUCCCUGGACUAGAGGGUAUGUAUAAGUGGCUCUCUAUCCCCUUUACCAUGUUGUUCUUUAUGACCCUGGCAGGCAACAUCACUAUUAUGUUGGUUAUCUGGACUGACAGAAGCCUUCAUGUGCCCAUGUACCUAUUCUUGGCAAUGCUGUCAGCCUCAGACCUAGGUUUGUCUAUCUCUGCAUUUCCUACAAUGCUAAAGAUCUACUGGUUGCAAGCUCGGGAAAUAAGUUUCCCUGCUUGUUUCACCCAGAUGUUCUUCAUCCAUACUUUCCAGAAAUUUGAGUCAGCUGUGAUUCUGGCUAUGGCUUUUGAUCGCUAUGUGGCUAUUUCCAAACCCUUGCAUUAUGCCUCCAUCCUUACAAGUGGGGUAAUAGCCAAGAUUGGCUUGGCAAUCUUAUUACGGUCACUUGCAGUGGAGAUACCCCUUCCCAUAUUGCUGAGGAGGCUACGCUUCUGUCAUUCUAAUGUCCUCUCUCACUCAUACUGCCUCCAUCCAGACAUCAUCAAGCUCUCCUGCUCAAACACUAGGAUAAACAGCAUCUUUGGCUUGUUUGUGAUUCUGUCCACCAUGAUUGUUGACUUCCUCCUCAUUCUCUUUUCCUAUGUCCUCAUUCUGAAGACUGUCCUGAGUAUUGCAUCCCAUGGUGGGCGUCUCAAAGCCCUUAACACCUGCAUCUCCCAUCUCUGUGCUGUGGUCCUUUUUUUCACACCUAUGAUCAGUCUGUCUAUGCUCCACAGGACUGGACUAAAACUUCCCUCCCAUGUUUAUGUGCUAUUGGCUAACAUGCACUUCCUCAUUCCCCCUGUGAUGAACCCCAUUGUCUAUGUGGUGAAAACCAAGCAAAUUUGGGAUAGGAUCAUUAGGCUCCUUUGCAAGAAGCGAUCAGGAAAUUCCUAAGUCAUGAGUACAAAUGGUUAUAAUUUCUGCAAUAGAAUAUUCCUGUUCAUAUUGUUUGACAAUAUAUAGAGGGGGGGAUGAAUCAUAUUCUCAUAGAUUUGACUAUGUACUUUACAUAUUUAAGAUAGACCUUUAUCUCAGUAACUAUAUAAUGAUUUCCCUAAUGUUCUGCUUUUCUGCUGACUUUGACUACAUUUAUUUAUAUAAAACUUUUCUAAUUUAAUGGAA